CAGUGAGUUAUGGACAGUUAGAAUAUUGCCAAAUCGCGUCGCGACUGAAAUCGCGUGAAGUAUGCCCAGCCCUUCACUCAAUGCAAGUUUGUGGAGAGAAAUACAUAUGGCUGCAGGCCAAGGUGACGGUGGGAAUUCUGCUUCACAUGCUUAUUAUCGCGAGAUAGUUCGACAGAUGAUGUUUGCUAAUGGAGACCUUGAAGAUCCUAUACCAACAUGUAUCGAUAUGGUGUUGGACAUGGCAAAAUUUCAAAUGGUGAAAGCACUGGAGGAUGCGUGGCAAAAAGCUCAGGCUGAAAAAAGAGACACAAUUAUGCUGGAGGAUGUGCUCGUCCUGUUCAAGCAUCACAAAUUUAUCCUGAACAGAUUGCUACAAUUUGCGAGAACAGCAGAAAGUGUAAACGAAUUGAAAAGAGCAGCUCCUCGGACGGCGAAAUUGGAUGAAGAACGUGAAGAGGGAAGCGAUCAGGAGGAUAACGCUGUUCCAUCAACAAGCAUGUUCGACACCAGUCUGACUCGGAUGAAGGCUGUUGUCGACUCGUUGAACCUUGGCGAAACCGCAGAUCAACUUCUCGAAACGCGAGAUGUUGUUUAUGAAGAGAGAAAAAAACGUAUCGCUCAUCUUGGCGAUGAUAUGUCACAAGACGAAUUUCUCAAAUUCACCGAAGCACGGCAAGCCACCUUCAGGGAUGACUCGAAGCAAAGAACAAAAUUAAAAAACGAAUCUGGUAAUCUUUUUCAAUGGCUGGGUGCUCCGCAAUGCGAGAAUGUCGUUUCUUUUGUUUUGGCUUUCAUUGGGCGUGAAGUGGUGGCUCAAUAUGUGGGUGCUGCUGUUGCGAUACGAGAUAAUGAGGAACCAAAUCUGUUUGUGAAUGACAACCAACAUGGACAGAUAGCUGCUCCAAAUGAAAAGGUCCCACUUCAGGUCCGACAUUACAAUGAAGCCCUUCGCCGAUGUAUAGGUUGGAGACGUCGCAAAGAUUUUUUGUUUGGCUAUCACACAGAGGAUGAAGAAUGUACUCCUGCGAAAAAAUUGAAAUCUGAAGAUGGCGAAGCCUCUCAACCUCCGUGA